AUGCCAUUGCUUCGUGUCCCUUAUACCGACCCGCUCCCCACAGGAAAGAUCUUUCCAGCGGUCGCGAGCAGUACGAGCGGAGCAAUAGCAGCUCUCCGUGAAUUCCUUUGCGUAACGCCUUCCCCGAGCUUGACGAAUAUCGGAGCUUCAGCCGAGGGCAAACAUAAGACUGUGUUGCUCACUGGAGCUGGCAUAUCAGUCGCCUCUGGUCUAGCCGACUAUAGAGGAACGAGUGGCACUUAUACCCUGAACAAGACAUAUCGCCCCAUUUACUAUAAUGAGUUCUGCGAGAACCAUGAAGCUCGAAAGAGAUACUGGGCGCGUAGCUUUUUGGGGUGGACAAAUUUAGCCAAAGCAAAACCGAAUGAGGCUCAUCAUGCUGUCAAGAGGCUUGGAGACAUGGGCAUUCUGCGCAGCGUCAUUACACAAAAUGUCGACUCCUUUCACCCCAACGCCCAUCCUAACCUUUCUACUGUCGAGCUUCACGGCUACUUACGCUCUCUCGUUUGUCUGACCUGCCAUACUGAAUACCCUCGUAAUGCGUUUCAGAAGCGGCUUACAGCGCUUAACCCCGCAUGGGCCACAUUCUUAGAGGAGAUGCUUACCACUGGCGCACUGGACACUGAGAAUCCGACUGAGCGGCGCAGAAGAGGUUAUAGGGCAAAUCCAGACGGCGAUGUCGAUGUCCCUAAUGCUCCUUAUACUACAUUUAGAUAUCCUCCAUGCCCGACGUGUGAGAGUGGACAGACGCCCACGGGUAUAUCGCCACCGAAGAUCGCGGUCGAUGCUGAUGGCGCUUGGACUACCAGUAGCACUGGUGGUGUGUUAAAGCCUGCAGUGAUCAUGUUUGGCGAAAGCAUACCUGCCGCAACGAAAAUCGAUGCUGAGGCGGCCAUUGAUGGUGCUAGUCGCAUUCUCAUCAUUGGCAGCAGUCUGGCGACAUACUCCGCAUGGCGACUCGUUAAACGGGCGAAAGAGCGUGGAAUGCCAAUUGGCGUCAUCAACAUCGGCGGUGUUCGAGGCGAAGAAAACUUUUUCGCCGACUUGCCUGACGACAAUGAUGGUCGCUACGGUGUCAGAUGCAAUGAAGGCGCGGGACCCGUCCUUCAGGGUGUUAUCAAAGAAUUAUCUGGCGAGUGA